AUGCAUCUCUUACAAGUUGACGCCUUAGGCGGGUUCAGCCUGGUCGAAAAGUACGGCAAGCAGAUCCCGGCCUAUGGUAUUCUUUCGCACACAUGGCUCGCGGCUCAUGAGGAAGUUACUUUCAAGGAUGUUAAGAAGGGCAAGGGCCAAAAGAAGCGCGGUUACGAGAAGCUGCGCUUUUACAAGCUUGAUUACUUCUGGAUCGAUACCUGCUGCAUCGACAAAUCAAGCAGCGCAGAGCUGCAAGAAGCGAUUAACUCCAUGUUCAAGUGGUACAAAGAUUCGGCCAGAUGCUACGUGUUCUUGCAAGACGUCUCUCUCCAAGCGCUAGAAGCGAACCUCACUGGAUAUGGCUGGAGGGGUUGGACUCUCCAAGAAAUUUUAGCUCCAACCUCAGUAAACUUCUUCACUUAUGAGGGUGCGCCACUCGGAGACAAACAUUCCCUCUGGGAAGACAUCAGUGAAGCUACCCAGAUCUCGUCCGACGUACUUCACGGCAAUGUCUACACUAUGUAUCAAGUGCCAGUUGAUAUUCGUUUAGGAUGGGCAAAGAGUCGCCAGACAACACGAGAGGAAGAAAAGUUUUAUUCUCUCCUGGGACUGUUCAAUGUACACAUGUCACUUCUGUACGGAGAGGGCCUCACAAAGGCUUUCAGACGCUUCCAUGAGGAGCUGAAAAAGAAUCGAGAGGAUCCGACGGAGCUAAACGCUAUACUUGCCCAGGUCACAGCUCAGCGGAUUGAAGACAAUGUGGAUAAGAUCAUCAUGCAGAACUUAGAAAUGGACUUAAUGCCACUCAAGAGAUCAGCCACCGUAGCUUUCCAAGGAACAGACCACGAUGGCUUUAGCAAAAAACCACGGCAACCUUUGCCCAGCGAGAAAGAAACCUCCACUCAGUCGACAGAUGGAAUCCCCAAGCGUUUGUCUGACAUCCAGGAUAUGCAAAAUUGUUGGGACGAAGCGACUGCACGAAAUGGAUAUUCUCGAGUCGCUGUCUUGCUUGUGAAGUGGGCGGAUGAGAUCGGUGAGCUUAACACGCGUGCUGAUGUAAGUGAUGCCGUGCAGGACUGA